AUGGCAGCAGCACGCAAGGCCCCCAUUGCAGUCAUCAAGCGCGCGUGGGAGCGCAUCGCUCCCCUCCAGCUUGCGGAGACGAGCUGGGAUAACGUCGGCGUCCUGGUCGAGGCCCCGUUCCCCAAGGAGAAGAAGCAAGUGCUUCUCACCAUUGACCUCACUGCUGCCGUUUGUGCCGAGGCCCUGGCCCUCCCGGGCUGCUCAGUCGUGAUCGCCUACCACCCUCCUAUUUUCAAAGGUCUCAAGUCCCUCACCCUCAGCAACCCUCUCCAGGCCUCGCUCCUCAAGCUCGCAGCCUCUGGUAUCUCAGUGUUCGCUCCGCACACCUCGCUCGACGCCACCCCCAAGGGCAUCAACACCUGGCUUGUCGAGCCCUUCAAGGACGUCACUGCCACCUCGGAGGUUGUGGACCCGACCGCCCAGCCUCCAGCCGGCUUUGAGGGUGCCGGCAUGGGCCGCAUCGUCACACUUUCGCGUCCCCUUGCUGUCCCCGACGUGGUUGCCAGGGUCAAGAAGCAUCUGGGUGUAGAGUACGUGCAGCUCGCCACCCCCGACGAGGAGACGCCUAUCACUUCGAUCGCCGUCUGUGCCGGCUCCGGCGGCGGCGUCAUUGGCGGCACCAAGGCGGACAUGCUCGUCACUGGUGAGAUGAGCCACCACGAGGUGUUGGCCAAGGUCGCUUCUGGUCAGAGUGUCAUUCUCGCCAACCACACCAACACGGAGCGCGGGUACCUCAGUGCCGUCCUGCAGCCGUGGCUCGAGAAGGAGCUCAACACCGACGACGAGUCUGGAUGGGAGGUGUUGGUGAGCAAGAAGGACGCCGACCCCCUGCGGACCGUCUAG